CUCAAUUCUGUGGGAGGGUCCAGUUUCGACAACGACUUCCUUAUUUAUAGCAGCAACAUCGACAGUGCUGACCUCAGCGGAAGGAAACACCUUUUAAAUACCGACUUUCAACUUUCGUAUCUUUUCAACUUGUAUCAGCAUUUAGCAACUGUCUUGUUUGUGUAGCGUUAAAAAAAAGCUCUUGAAAGGUGGGCGCUUUACAAAGAUUGUUUGCAUUUGUACUCUGUGUCAUUGACAAGGAGAGACAAAGUCUGCCAUUGUACUUCCUGGUUAUAUAGGCGACUACAGUACCCAACAACAAGGUACAUAUACAUCAUUCUAGUUACAGGAGCUAUUUAAUGCCAGUGACCCGAGGAGACAGUUAAUGGAAAACUGAAGUAAAGAAAACCCCCUGAACACGAACGUUUUUCCCUGAGAACCAAAUUACUCAUCAGAAGAUAACCCAUUACGAUUUGAGUGAAGAAUGCCUUCUGGGGUGUGUGGCUGUUGCGGUCCUCUGCGCCCUCGAUACAAGCGCUUGGUGGACAACAUAUUCCCAGAAGACCCAAAAGAUGGAUUGGUUAAAUCUGAUAUGGAGAAGCUGACCUUCUACGCAGUUUCAGCUCCAGAGAAGCUAGACAGAAUUGGAGCCUAUCUGGCAGAGAGACUGAGCAGAGAUGUUGUCAGGCAUCGCUAUGGAUAUGUUGUUAUUGCAAUGGAGGCUCUGGAUCAGCUUCUGAUGGCUUGCCAUUCCCAGAGCAUUAAACCUUUCGUCGAAAGCUUCCUUCAUAUGGUGGCAAAGCUGCUGGAGUCUAGAGAACCAGACUUGCAGGUUCUUGGAACUAAUUCAUUUGUCAAGUUUGCAAACAUAGAAGAGGACACCCCUUCUUACCACCGACGCUAUGACUUCUUUGUCUCCCAGUUCAGUGCCAUGUGCCAUUCCACUCAUGAUGACCCUGACACAAGAACUAAGAUCCGAAUUGCUGGUAUCAAAGGGUUGCAGGGAGUGGUACGUAAAACAGUGAAUGAUGAGCUGCAGGCAAUUAUCUGGGAGCCACAGCACAUGGAUAAACUGAUCCCCUCAAUGCUGUUUAAUAUGCAGUGCUCCGAGGAUUCAGACAGGACUGGCGCACCCACCACUCCCUCAGACGGCGACAAAGAUGAGAACCCGGCUACUUUGGCAGAAAGCUGUUUCAGGGAGCUGCUUGGAAGAGCAGCCUACGGGAACAUGAACAAUGCAGUCAGGCCUGUGUUGGUGCAUUUAGACAACCAUCGGCUCUGGGAGACAAAUGAAUUUGCAGUAUCCUGUUUUAAGAUCAUAAUGUAUUCAAUACAGGCCCAGCACUCUCAUCAUGUGAUUCAGCAGGUCCUGGGUCACCUGGACACUCACAACAAAGACUCCCCUCGAGUCAGAGCAGGCAUUGUGCAGGUCCUUCUGGAAACAGUUGCCAUUGCAGCCAAAGGCUCCAUAGGUCCUACAGUUUUGGAAGUGUUUAAUACUUUGCUGAAACACCUAUGCCUCAGUGUGGAUUUUGAAUUGGGGGACAGACGCAACUCUGCCAGCAGUGUCAGCACCAACUCUAAGGAGAAUGAAGAGAGGAUAGUGCAGAAUGCAAUCAUACAAACAAUUGGCUUCUUUGGUGGAAACCUCCCAGACUACCAGCGCUCUGAGGUCAUGAUGUUUAUCAUGGGGAAGGUCCCUGUUUUUGGAUCACCUUGUCACACACUGGAUACCUCCAAUAUUGGGGAUCUUGGAACCAAACGUAUUCAGGUCAUGCUGUUCCGCUCACUGAUAAUGGUUACUUCAGGUUACAAGGCGAAAACAAUAGCUGCGGCCCUUCCUGCCCCAUUCCUUGAACCUUUGCUUGCCAUUUCCCUGAUGGAGGACAAUGAACUUCGACAGUUAGUGCUGGAGAUUCUUCACAAUCUAAUUGAUCGUCAUGACAACAGGGCAAAACUGAGGGGCAUAAGGAUCAUCCCAGAUGUUUCAGCCCUUAAAAUAAAGAGAGAGAAGAUUUCCAAACAAGAUGUUAACUUCAUAAAAAAGCAUGGACAGCAGCUGUACAGACACAUCUACUUGAGUUGCAAAGAAGAAGAUAAUGUUCACAAGAACUUUGAAUUACUCUACACUGCCCUGGCUAUCCUUACUAUAGAACUGGCGAAUGAAGAAGUGGUUAUAGACCUGAUUCGUCUGGCAAUUGCUUUGCAGGAUAUGGCCAUUAACAAUGAGGAAAACCUGUCUAUGUUUAAUCGGUGUGGUACUAUGGCCCUGGUGGCUGCUUAUUUGAAUUUCCUAAGUCAGAUGAUUGCCAGUCCUCCUUUCUGCCAACAUGUGAACAAGGUGAUUGAAACAAGAAACCUGGAAGCACCUUAUCUGUUGCCAGAGAACGCUCUUAGGGAGAAAUACACGCUGCCCAAGUCUUUGGAAAAGCACGAGAAGAAUGUGUUUUUCCUGACUAAUAAGAUUGCUGAAUCCUUGGCUGGUCCCAGCUAUAGUGUGGAUAGGCUCUCCGUGCCUUACAUACCCCAAGUGACAGAUGAAGACAAGCAUUCCAGAAGGAAAAGUAUUGUGGACACUGUAUCAAUCCAGGUUGACAUCCUCUCUGGUAACAAUCAACCGGACAAGGCAAGGUUAGCUGAAGAAAUAACCUUUGACACACUGAAGAAAGCCAUAGAUACCACUGGAAUGGAAGAACAGGAGAAGGAAAAGCGACGUCAACUAAUCGAGAAGUUCCAGAAAGCUCCAUUUGAAGAGAUUGCAGCUCAGUGUGGAUCUAAGGCAAACUUGCUGCAAGAUAAACUGGCACAGAUAUUUGAACUUACUAUCAGGCCUCCACCCAGCCCAUCAGGAAAUGUGACUAUCUCGGCAGGACAUGCUCAGUGCCAGUCCAUUCCAGUCUAUGAGAUGAAAUUCCCAGAUCUCUGUGUGUAUUAGAUGAAAAUUGUAUGCUUGUAAACACACUGCUCUGUGCAAUGUAAAAGAUCAAAAUAUCUACCAAAACAUGUAGGCUAAAUCAGGUUCUGUUGCUCGUGUUUAAAAAAAAAAAAAAAAAAGGUAUUUUAUUUGUCUGUAAGUUAGAUAUACCACUUUAAAUAUUGAUAGAAAUCUAAUAGUCAUG